ACCCACCAGCCAGAUCUGUAAAUACCCUGGGGCUCUACCAGAAGCACCAUCCCUGUUCCUCGACAGAUGCUAAGGAUGCUUCUGUUGCUCCUGAUCCCCCUGGCCAUUCUCCUGCCCCUCGGGGCUACUGCUGACACGCAGGAUGGAAUGGACCAGGGGGUCCUGAUCCCAGAGGACUUUGUGCUGCCAGUCGCCCACUCUGACUCUGGCCACAUUGUUCCCCUGCUCAGCGCCCACAAGGCCGAUCGACGAGACCGGAGCCGCCCACAGAUCCAAGUGCGUCCGAAGAGUCACCAUCAGGUCUGCACCAAUGGGCUAUGUGCCAAGGCCCAGGACCUGCUGCUGCAGGUUGAUCCAGUGACAGACACAGCCAUGGCCCUGAGGGGACCCCACCCUGCGCUCCUGCUGCCGCUCGACCUGCUGUCUGGUUCCUUGGGCCUGACUGGGGAAUGUGACAAGUAUGAGCAGUUCAUGAAGAGGCACUUUGAUUGCCCUAAGACCAGUAACAUCCACGAGACCUAUUGCAACUACAUGAUGAAGGAACGCAACAUGACCUGCAAAUGCAUCAACACCUUCAUCCACGCCCCUGAAGAAGACAUCAAAGCCAUCUGCAAAAAGAAAGGGAUACUCGACAAAGACAGCAUCUACAAGAGUAAUACAACCUUCAAUCUCACCGUAUGUAAGCUGAAGACUCAAAAUGGCCAGUCCUGUACAUAUGAGGAAGAAGAAAAGACUUCCAAGAUUCGCGUGGCUUGUAACAAAGAGCACCUGCCUGUGCACUUCGAAAACACGACACCAGCAGCACCUAUGUCUCUAGAGAAGAUCCAAAUCCAGCUGGGUCACACCUCGACUGGGCUGUCCCACACCCACAUGGAGCGCAAGUAGAGAGCGGCUCUGAAACCUCAGGUGGGGACAGAGAGCUGAGCACAAGGGGGACAAACAACCGAAUCGAACCUGUAUGGCUCCCGCCAGCGCAAGCAACCUGCCUCAAUGGGGAACCCCUCUGCUACCCGUAGCGCCCAUUACACAGUAUAGCUGCCCCUUCCCCACCCCCACACUCUGCUGCCCCUAGAGCCCAUUAUACAAUAUAGACACCCCCUCUCUGUCCCCACCCUGUGCUGCCCCUGGUGCCCAUUAUACAGUACAGCUGCCCCUUCCCCACCCUCACCCUCUGGUGCCCAUUAUGUAACACUGUGAUCCUCAUCUAUGAGCAGGGCCCUGAGAUGCUAGGGGGAUGCCAUCAAUAAAUAAUCAGUCCAGCACUGUCUGGGUUGGUAAAGGAGGGUGGGAUAAAGCUUGUACCAGGCUGAUCCCUGGAUGCUGUUACUGGGCUGGUUUC